UGUACAUAAACAUUUUUAGAAGUUGUAUGGGUUAAUGGAUUUUGCCAUUGCGAAGAAGAAGAAGAAGACGAAGACGAAGCUGUUUGUAGUGUAAAAUCUGUAUCUAAUCUGCAUGUUCAGAGCAAGGCAGUCAAGGGUAACCUUCAAGAGAUGUUGUGUAACCUAAUUUGCCAACCCAACCGAGUCCACUUCUGGUUCAGAUUGCCAGAGGUGGAAGCCACAGGUGCCUACAAUGCAAAACAGCCGCUCUCUUAUCCUCCAACUUCCUUUUCAUGCUGCUCAAUUUUCAGUUCUCACGUCCAAUUCAACGUCGUUGCAAGUAGUAGAUUACCUUCCACAAACGGAUUCAGUCGUUUGCAAUUUUUUUAAGAAUGAAUGGAUGUGAAACGAGCACAAUGCCAAAAAGAUCACGAACACGGUCCAGGGGUAGGAGAAGAACAAGCCGACGACCAAGAUCGAGCUCAAAAACUGGAUUAAGGCCUAAUCCGAAGAAGAAAAAGUCAAGCUAUAAUCUAUCAACUGCAACGCUAUGUGAUUGUCUUUUCAAUCCUGAACCAGCGGGUUGGCUGGAUCGUGCACUGUAUUACGACAAGAGAUUGACGUGUUGGCUUCGCGACCAAGGCCUUCGAUUAUUCUUGUACCUCCUGUUACGGGCUAUGGAGCUUUCUGGUGACGGUGUUUGUUUGAUUUCGACAGCGGCAGCCACAUAUCUACUCCCGAAGAAGAAGCUCACUCCCGAGGUUCGCAUGUUCUUCUUCAACCUUCUUGGAGCUUUUAUUGUUGAUCUGGUCAUCGUGACGGUGAUCAAAUAUUAUGUCCGAUUAUGGCAUCAGUCGUCGAGUUGUCAACCACACUCCGUAACCUUCGACUUAGAAAACUCCACCCGACCGAUCCUGGUGGUCACCUUCUUCACCAUGUACCUGCCAAUGUGGAAGGAUCAGGCUGCCAAUGUUUGGCUGCCAUUCUUCAGGAGAUUGGUUAGCAACAAGGUUGGACUCGACAUCCAAGACGAGGGAGUGCAGUUGGCGAAUUUGCUUGUUAGCAUUAUUACCUGGCUCGUCUUCUCCUGGGCCGUUUCUACCACAUCGUCUCGAAUCAUUCUGGGCCGCCAUUUUUUUUUCGACGUGCUUGUGGGUUGUCUCGUAGGAAUUCUGGAAACGCUUCUGUACAGCAAAUUCCUUGUCAUUCCUGAUAAGGUCUCAGAGGGUAUCCACAACUACCUCAUCUUCUUCUUCGGUAAUAUUGAAAAUCACGUUCGAUUUCUUUUCAGUAACUGCAAGUUUCACAUUGAAAAUUUGGUCAAGAGGUGAUCCAGAACUGAUUGAUGGAGCAUGUGAUGCAUUUAUUGCUCCCUGCCCUAACCUUAUGAAGCAACUCGAGCCAGGGAUCCCUGACUUGUAUACCUGGAAAAGAGUUUCUGAGAUAAUAUCAGCAGGGCUUCCAAAGCCUACGUUUUGAGUAUUGAACAGUGAUAAGUUGAUUUGAGCACGUCUGAAGAUUCUCUCUACGAUUGUCGAAGCGGCGUAAUCUGGGUGAGGACUUGUAGCUUGCAUCAAUGCAUCUAUCGCCCUUUACACUAAGCUUUUUUCAAGAGUUCGAUAGUGGAAGGUGCUCCUAACUAGCCCAAGCUGAUUGAAAGUUGAUUCAUGUUAUGCUGUGCUGUAUAUGUGACAAUCCAACUGUACACGGAGCAAUUGAUACGUUUCAUCUCCAAGCAACUGGUCCUGUCACCUUUGUUCUCUGCACCAUUAGCCGUGGGACGUACUCUGCAGAUGCUUAAUGUCGGCAGGUUUUACACUUCGCAUCAUGGCAGAAGAUUAUAUACCAGGUCGACAGACAGGGUCAGGUGGGGCAGCGCACAUUCUCAUUGAAGUUUUAGAGGACCGGGUGCAUCUUAACAUGCUCAUAGUGAAGUCCACAAGUCUACAUUCAACCACUUACCACGGAGAUUCUGGAAGACAAGGGGCACGGAUGUGAACAGUCUGUGCAGCUUAAGAUUCUCUGUGUAUUAGGAUGGGUGAAUAUGAGAAUAAGAGGACGAAGCAUAGAGAUUAGACUUGUGAGCAGGAGGAUCUGCUAUGUACCACGAAGAUAGUAGAGUGCUAAUGGCCAAUGUUUGCAAUAUGGUUUUUGGUUGAUCA